AUGAUGCAAACAACAACGCGGUCGUGGGAGGAGCUGCGGAGCAGCGCGCGGGCAGCGGAGCGCACGCUGGAAGACAAAAUUGCGGCGUAUACGACAGCCAGUAGAGCGCAGACACGCAGCGCAGCGUUGGUCCACGAUGAAGAAAACCCUAUCGAAGAGACUGCAGACGAGAGAGAGCUGGCGGCUGCGAUUGAAAACGCACUAGCAGAGCUAUCGCACACAAUCGACGAGAUGAAUACAGUCGUGAACGCAACAUCACUGAAAGUGCAAGAUGCGGUGCUACAGCGCUACCGUGAGCUCUAUUUUGACUUCAACACGGAGUUCCGUCGAUCUAUGAGCACCUUACAGGAAAAGCGUGAUGCGCAGAAACUGUUUGGCAAUCGAUCCCACAACGGUCAUUCAGACGACAUGGAAAUGGACUCGCUGCUGAAUGAGCGCCGUGCCGUCGACUCGUCGCGCUCCAUGACUGGCAGCAUCAUUGAACAGGCAAUGGCAACCAGGAACGCACUUGCGAACCAACGCCGCCAAUUCACGUCGUCGCACGGCAAAGUGGCAACACUGGGCAGUUCGUUCGCUGGCAUCAAUACGCUCGUGGAGCAGAUCCGACGCAAGAAGAUGCGCAAUAAUACCAUUCUCGCGCUGGUGAUUGCCGGCUGCAUUUGCUUCACUCUGUGGUGGGUCGUGCUAUCGAAAGUGUAA